AUGCCGGUGGCCGCCAAAAACAUGUUCACCCUGCUGGACGACGAGGUGGAGUUAUCCUCCUCGGAGCCCAAGCCUACUUCUGAUCCCGCGCCUGCUCCUGAACCUGAGCCUGCAGCGGAAGCACCCGCGCCCCGCCAAAACCGCGGUCGUGCUACCGCCGGGCCCGCUUCUCGCAGUGGAAAAUAUCCUCGUCGUGGAGGUGCGCCAGCAUCCCAAGAAGGGCCAGCUGAGGCCAAUCCUCCUGAAAUUGCGGAGCGAUUUGAUAACACGGAGGCUCGAGGCGAGCCCGAACGUGGCCGUGGCCGUGGUGGACGCGGCGGACGAGGUGGGCGCGGCGGACGCGGUCGUGGUGAUGGUGACAAUUACCGAGGCCGUCCAUUUGACAGGCACAGCCAGACUGGCAGGGUUGAUUCGGAGAAGACGAUCGAACAAGGCUGGGGUGCAAACAAGGGCGACGCUGAAUUCACUGCCGAAACCGAAGGCCAAGCCGAUGCCCAGGGAGAAUGGGCGUGGGGGGAGGCAGCCCCUACUACCGAUGGAAAUGCUUGGGGGGAGGCACCUCCUGCUACUGAUGGAAAUGCUUGGGGACAGGCCCCAGCGCCGACUUCGGGAGAUGUUAAUACUAAGGAGGAGCCUCAAAGAGAAGAGGAGGACAGGACCAUUACCUUCGAUCAGUACCUUGCAAAGAAGAAGGUUGAAGAAACCAGUGCUCUCCCCAAAACGGAAGGCAGGCGGGUUGCUGAUGACGGGCAAUGGAAGGAUGCUGUCCAAUUUUCGAGAGAUGAUGAGGAGGACGUUUACUUCGCUGGGAAGGCCAAGACCGGUGCUCCCAAGCCUCGACCGAAGAAAGAGGAAAAGAUUUUCAUUGAAAUCGAUGGUCGCUUCGAUCGACCUGGGGGACGCGGUCGUGGUCGUGAUCGCGGUGGGGACAGGGGUCGCGGAGGUCGAGGGCGUGGCGGACGCCGAGAGGGCAACGGGGACACCAACUUUGUCGAUGUUGAGGAUCAAACUGCCUUUCCAUCACUCUCUUAA